AUGCUUUCUAGAAGUCUAAGGACCAAUAUGGGCGUGUCAAGCCCUUUGAGAAGUGUUCUUAUGAGACAGAAUGGAGCAGGAGCCAGUGCCAGUAAAAUGGCAGUGUUGAGAUCGUGUUUCCACAACGUGGCCGGAGGUACUGAGCAAGGAGUUCCACCAGUGGGAUUCCGAGUUCACCGACCUCCUACCUGGGACGAGUCACACGAGUCUGCUCUUGACAAGGCCACGAAAUUCUUUUUAUUAUCAGAAAUGUUCAGAGGUAUGUGGGUUGUAUUGGAACAGUACUUCCGUGCUCCAUACACCAUCUACUAUCCAUUUGAAAAGGGACCAGUGUCGCCUCGAUUCCGUGGUGAGCACGCAUUAAGAAGAUAUCCCUCUGGCGAAGAGCGUUGUAUUGCCUGUAAAUUAUGUGAAGCCAUCUGUCCCGCCCUGGCCAUCACUAUUGAAGCCGAAGAGCGUGUGGACGGGUCGAGAAGAACUACUCGUUACGAUAUCGACAUGACCAAGUGUAUCUACUGCGGCUACUGCCAAGAAUCGUGUCCUGUCGAUGCCAUUGUCGAGACCCCCAACGUCGAGUACUCUACCGAGACCCGUGAAGAGCUGCUGUACAACAAGGAAAAGCUGCUUGCCAACGGCGACAAAUGGGAGCAAGAAAUCCAGUACGGACUCGACGCCGACGCUCCCUACAGGUAG